AUGUGCGCAUGUCUGCUGGACAGCCAGCUGGCAGAUUCUGGUACUGACAGGUCACUAAGCACGGUUCUUGCAUCCGUCGGAGUGCUUCAAAUCGACAGCGGUUCCAUUCGGCGCCGCAGCGGAGGCUCAGCAGAUUCUAUUGUGCGAGCAAUUGCGCACCGGUGUCAGCUCCAAGCCUUCUGGCACUGUUUCCUUCUGCGCCGGCAAGAAAUUCCCUGCGACAGUCCAGCCGUCAGCUGCUUCAAACAAGACCAAGAGCGCGUUAAAGGCCCAGAUCCACCAAGCAGGCGGAACCCCUGCUUUCAGCAGGCUUCUGCGUGGGCUAUUGGCAGACUCUUGCUGUAG